GAUAAUUAGUCUAAAAAAAACUCAAAGCAACAAGCAACAAUCCAUCCAUCCAUCCUAAAUAAAUAAAUAAAUUAAUAAAUAAUUUAUUUAUAUCUCUAAGAUUUAGUCUAAAAGAUUAAAAAUAAGUAAACUUAGAAAUUAUUUUUAUUACUUCUGAUCACUAAUUGCAAUUCAAUUUACUGCACAAUCACCUAUUACCUUACUAAUCACCGAACUACAAAUUAUCGCCCAAAAGUCAAAAGAAAAAUUAAGAUCUGAAAAGAAAGUAAAAACUACUAAUCAGAAGGAAACUGAAACAAACAUAGAAAAGUAAAAACACUAAAUAAGAGAAGAUUAUUAAAACAAAGUUCAAGAAACUAACAAAGGAACUCUCCAUCAUCCAGAGUCUAGCCAUGAGUGCUUCAAAAAAUGGAGGUCCCGGAGGGAGGGAACCGUACGGCCGAUCCAAGUCCCUGACCUUUCCAUCAACAUCUGCCUACAGCCAGCAGCAGCAGCAGAAUUUCAACUCCGAUGGUCUAACUAAUGAGAGCAACAAUGCGAUAACAAGUACGACUGCAACGUUCAAAAGUGCACGUCGCGAGAAGGGCGUCAUCGAGAAGUUACUGACAAGCUAUGGCUUUGUUCAGUGCACUGAAAGAAAGGGCAGAUUCUUUUUUCACUACAGUGAAUAUAAAGGAAACCUUACUAAUCUAGCUAUUGGAGAUCAAGUGGAAUUUCAAGAGUCAGUAGACAAGAGGACAGGCAAGCCUGUAGCAGUGCUAAUCGUGAAGCUGAGCGACGUGGCUUCCUCCUCGCCCACUUCUCAAGUUGAAAUUCUGAGUGGGAAGGCUGUGGAGGAACAGAGCAACGGUGAAUAUGCGAACCUGCUGGACGGCAUGGGGCGUGUGACCUAUGAACAGGGCGGUGAAACCUUCUUCCUACCAUUCGCCCUUGAGGACACCGAACAAGGUCAGAAAAUAGGAGCCGGUGAUAAAGUAACCUUCUACUUAUCAACUGAUGAAAGAAAUGGAAACAUAAGAGCCAGAAGAGUCCGUAAGCAGUCGUACGUCGGUGGCGUUGUAUGCUCUAUGAAGGACAACUACGGAUUCAUAGAAAGAGCUGACGUCGUGAAGGAGAUAUUCUUCCAUUUCAGUGAGUUCGACGGUGAGAUUGACGAACUCAACCUCGGAGAUGACGUCCAGUUUGGCAUUCAGACCAGAAAUAACAAAGACGUGGCGGUAGGCAUCACGAAACUUCCUCCUGGAACGGUCAUCUUCGAGGACGUGGCCAAGGAUUGGAGGCGCGGGAAGAUUAAGAAGACCCUCAAGAUGGCCUCCCUCAAGAAGAUCAAUGAUGCGCUGGCCGGCAGGAUAGUCUAUGAAACUGUUACUGGCUCCAUAGAGAUUCCAUUCGGUGAGAAGGAUCCGAUGGGAGACUACACGAUGAACGUCGGCGACAUUGUGCAGUUCUGCAUCGCCACCGAUCGUCGUGACGGCGUCCAGCACGCCACCAACAUCAGGCUGGUCGACGAUACCUUCAUUGUUACAAAAGAGAAGAGGGAGAAAGGUUUCGUGACAACGUUGAAAGAAGGUUUCGGUUUCAUAAGGUGCGUUGACAGAGAGGCCAGAAUGUUCUUUCACUUCAGUGAACUGCUCAACACAAACCAAGAGGUCAGAGUUCAGGAUGAACUGGAGUUCACUGUUAUACAGGACCCGACAAACCCGUCUAGACAGGUUGCAACCAGAAUCAGACACCUCCCGUCUGGAACCAUAGACGUCUCUCUGACAAGCUGUCUGGAGAAACAUCUGGGCAUCGUGCAGAAAGAAGCUGGAAAUUCUAGGCCUUUGGAUCCAGACCCUGGCAUAAUAAUGUACGAGAUUGAGGGCACGAAGCAGAUGAUUCCCUACAGCUGCUCCAUUGUCGACGGCAAUCUGCCUAAACUUGAUGAGAAGGUCGAAUUUCAGAUCUCGGAAUGUCAGAAAAACAAGACCAAGGUAGCCAUCAAUGUCAAGGUCAUUAGUUCAAAAUCGACCAAUAGGGAGAGGGGAUUCGUUGUAACUAUUAAAGAAGGGUUUGGGUUCAUCGAGACGGCUGAUCACGAGAAGGAGAUCUAUUUUCAUUUUAGCAACUACGAUGGUGACGUCGACAGACUGGACAUAGGCAACGAAGUGGAGUUCAGCGUCUGCAACAAAUCCGGUAGAAUCAGUGCCGAGAACAUCAAACGCAUCCCCAACAAGAUUAAUGCUAACAAUAGUAGUAGCAGCAGUGGCAGUGGUACUGUUACUAGUGACAAUAACUCUUCGUCGUCACCGGCGCACGGUAGCGAUGACGUCAUUACGACGUCAUCAGCGACAAAAACGUCACCACAGCAGCAGCUGCAACACCGAAUGUCUUGUGGCGAAAACAAUGCCUGCAUCUACCCGUUCAGUAUUAUGAGCCUGGUGGAUAAGAGAGAGACUCUGAUGGCUAGGGGGGAUUCUGUCAGGUUUCAGGUAGGUUGUCGCUGUGGUGUGAAGUGGGCCUAUAGGGUCGCCUCGACUAGGAAGUUUGUGCAAGCAAGGAUUGAAAGUCUAACUGAAACUGGUGGCCUGCUGAGUUACGAAACAGAUCAGGGAUGCAAGUUAACGUUCAGCUCGAAAGAUGCACAGAACGUAAGUGAACUUGCAGUCGGCGAUGAAGUCGAGUUUGUUGUCCUAAAUAAUAAUGGGGUCAAGAUGGCUAUUAACGUCAGGAAAGCUAGCGACCGACCUAGACCGGAGCGUCUGAUCUCGCGAAUCAAGAGCGUCUCAGACGACCAGACGCAGAGGGUUAUCACCAUCAGACAGCCGCGUGGGCCAGACGGUACGAAGGGCUUCAAACUCAAGAGACGCUUUGCCUCUUCAGACACUAUUAGUAGUAAGGAAAGAUCAUCUUCUCGCUCGAGAUCCACUUCAGAUUACUGCAGUGGUAGUAGCAGCGGUGGUAGUUGUGGCGUCACCACUAGCAGUAAUAAUAGUAACAAUAAUAAUGAUAUGGUUUGUAACGGUACCAACAGAUCUUGCAGUGAUGUGAACAAUAAUGUCCAGGAGGAUUUAAAUGACGGAAAAGCUAAAAACGCUACUGCUGCUGCUGUUGUUGCUGAUCUUAACGACGUGUUUGAAGCUGGUAAUGAGGUUAAUUAAUGGAAGUAGAUCGGUUCUGGGGUCGAGAUAGGUCACUAGGUUUGACCUAGUUAUUUUUAUAUUUAUUUACAGUUGUAUGUUUUGUAUCUGUACGUUUUGGUAUGUGUAUUGGUGUAUUUUGGUCCUGUAUGUAUGCCUGUGUGUAUGUUUUUCAAUGGUUUGUUUGUAUGUGUUUUUUUUAUCCGUUCAUUGUUUGUAUUUCUUCCAGGUAUGAAAUUAAGAUAUCGUCAUUUCUUCGUCUCAACAUUGUCUCGAGGGUAUUGUAUAAUUAUGUGUGUAUGCGUGCGCACGUGUGUGUGUACCUAUUCGUAUGUAUGUAUUUAUGUAUGUAUAAGUGUACGCCUUUAUCUAUUUUCUAAAUCAAUUGACAUGGUUUUAGGGGUUUGGUUUUGUCUUGUAAUACACUAGUGUCC